AGCAUAUGAGGUAAACGGUAACGGAGGAAGUCGGCGGCAGCACCAGUAGCGUGGAUAUGUCGGACCCGGCGGCGCAGGCCUUGCAACCCCGGCUUCUCCAAGCCCAGUCCACCGGGUCAGCGGGGUCCGGUUCCGCCGCGACAGGCUCCGGGCCGGGGAGCAGCGACCCGGCUAGACCAGGACUCAGUCAGCAGCAACGUGCAAGCCAGAAGAAAGCCCAAGUCCGAGCUUUCCCACGGGCGAAGAAGCUCGAGAAACUUGGCGUAUUCUCCGCAUGCAAGGCCAGUGACACAUGCAAGUGCAAUGGAUGGAAAAACCCUAACCCACCGUCCGCUCCUCGUCUGGACCUGCAGCAGCAAGCCGCCAGCCUGAGCGAGCCCUGCCGCAGCUGUGGACAUGCUCUGGCUGAUCACGUGUCACAUCUGGAGAACGUGUCUGAGGAUGAGAUUAACAGGCUGUUGGGGAUGGUGGUAGAUGUGGAGAACCUCUUCAUGUCUGUGCACAAAGAGGAGGACACCGAUACAAAACAAGUUUACUUCUACCUUUUCAAGCUCUUGAGGAAAUGCAUCCUACAGAUGAGCCAGCCGGUUGUAGAGAGGUCCCUUGGAAGCCCACCUUUCGAAAAGCCCAACAUUGAGCAGGGCGUUUUGAAUUUUGUCCAGUAUAAGUUCAGCCACCUGCCGCCAAAGGAGAGGCAGACCAUGUUCGAACUGUCAAAGAUGUUUCUUUUAUGCUUAAAUUACUGGAAGCUGGAGACCCCAACACAGUACCGCCAGCGGACCCAGAAAGAUGACGCAGCGGCUUACAAAGUGGACUACACCAGGUGGUUGUGCUACUGCCACGUCCCACAAAGCAACGACAGCCUGCCGCGCUACGAAACCACUCACGUGUUUGGACGAAACCUUCUCAAAUCCAUCUUCACCGUCACUCGACGACAGCUCCUGGAGAAGUUCAGAGUGGAGAAGGACAAGCUGCUGCCGGAGAAACGCACACUUAUCCUCACACACUUUCCCAAAUUUUUGUCGAUGCUGGAGGAGGAAAUCUACGGUGAGAAUUCGCCUAUUUGGGAAGCGGACUUCACCAAGCCUGCCUCAGACGGCUCUCAGAUGGGACAUCAGACAGGGAUCAGUCCGGCUUCAGUGCCGGGCUCUUCUGCUUUGUCAAAAUGUCUGAGCAGCAGCUCAACUCUGGGCAGCGGGGACGCCGGCGGCGUAGAGCCCGUCACAGGGGAAAAACGCAAACUGCCCGAGGCGUUGACACUAGAAGAUGCCAAGCGGAUUCGUGUGAUGGGAGAUAUUCCCAUGGAGCUGGUGAACGAAGUCAUGAUGACCAUCACUGACCCUGCCGCCAUGCUCGGACCUGAGACAAAUUUGCUGACGCCUAACGCUGCCCGAGAUGAGACCGCCAGGCUGGAGGAGAGACGGGGCAUCAUAGAGUUCCACGUUAUCGGAAACUCCCUUUCCCAGAAGUCCAACAAGAAGAUCCUGAUGUGGCUGGUCGGCCUCCAGAAUGUCUUUUCUCAUCAGUUACCUCGAAUGCCCAAAGAGUACAUCACCCGACUGGUGUUCGACCCGAAGCACAAAACCCUCGCCCUCAUUAAAGAUGGCCGCGUCAUUGGAGGCAUCUGUUUUAGGAUGUUUCCCACUCAGGGCUUCACUGAGAUUGUCUUCUGUGCCGUCACAUCCAACGAGCAAGUGAAGGGUUACGGCACCCACCUCAUGAACCAUCUGAAGGAGUACCACAUUAAACACAACAUUCUGUAUUUCCUCACUUACGCCGACGAGUACGCCAUAGGCUACUUCAAGAAGCAGGGCUUUUCCAAAGACAUUAAAGUGCCCAAGAGUCGGUACCUGGGAUACAUCAAAGACUACGAAGGAGCGACCCUCAUGGAGUGUGAGCUGAACCCUAAAAUCCCUUACACUGAGCUUUCUCAUAUCAUUAAGAGACAGAAGGAGAUUAUUAAGAAGCUGAUUGAGAAAAAACAGAGUCAGAUCAGGAAGGUCUACCCCGGUCUGACCUGCUUCAAAGAAGGAGUGCGGCAGAUCCCAGUGGAGAGCAUCCCGGGAAUACGAGAGACGGGCUGGAAAUCCAGUAACAAGGACAAAGGGAAAGAAGUUAAGGACCCUGAUGUUCUGUACAAUAUGUUGAAGAACCUUCUGGCUCAAAUAAAGACUCAUCCUGAUGCCUGGCCUUUCAUGGAGCCCGUGAAGAAAUCUGAUGCCCCCGAUUAUUACGAGAUCAUCCGCUUUCCUAUCGACUUGAAGACCAUGACAGAAAGACUCAAGAACCGAUACUACGUAACCAAAAAGCUUUUUAUUGCAGACCUCCAGCGAAUCAUCAGCAACUGUCGCGAGUACAACCCUCCAGACAGCGAGUACUGCAAGAGUGCCAACACCUUGGAGAAGUUCUUCUACUUCAAACUGAAAGACGGCGGUCUGAUUGAGAAAUAAGCAUGAAAGCCGAUCACGAGAGGAAUAUUAAGCUGUCGCCGUAUUGAAGUCGAGUUGGUAAAGGGGCAUACGUUUGUCAGUUUUACAUGAAAAGUGGAGCUUUGUGGAAAUAAAACCAAAUCGGAGCCAGCUGAGCAUUUCAAAUGUCAAAAAA